AUGUCCCGUGGUGGUGCAGAAGCUGCUGCACACCUGCUGUGUGACCACCGCGGGCAGGAUCAAGGCUGCUCCACUCUCCAGCUGAGCACUCUGAGUGGAAACAGCAAAUCUGCACCGUUGCUGGAAGUCAGGGGGAACCUCAGCACCAUGCAGUACUCUUCUGUGGCACUGAAUGCAGAGCCCUCCAUGGAAAAGGGAGCUGGGAUUGCCCAGAGCCCCGGGGAAGGCACAAAGGCUGCAGCCUGCUCGGGCAGCGGAGCCGGCAGGGCCUGGACCGUGGAGUGCUUCCAGAGCCAAUAUCUGACCAGAACCAGCACCCAGGGACAGGUCUACAACUUCCUGGAGAGGCCCAGUGGGUGGAAGUGUUUUAUCUAUCAUUUUGCAGUAUUUCUCCUGGUGCUGAUUUGUUUAAUAUUCAGUGUACUGUCUACUAUAGAGCACUAUUCUGAGUUUGCCAUUGGAACCCUUUUCUGGAUGGAAAUAGUUCUGGUGGUGUUUUUUGGUGCUGAGUACCUGGUCCGGCUGUGGUCUGCAGGCUGCAGGAGUAAAUAUGUUGGCUUCCAGGGGAGGAUCCGGUUUGCCAGGAAGCCAAUAUCCAUCAUUGAUCUGAUUGUGGUAGUAGCCUCAAUUAUUGUUCUGAGCAUAGGAUCUAAUGGGCAGGUGUUUGCCACCUCUGCAAUAAGGGGGAUUCGCUUUCUCCAGAUCCUUCGGAUGCUCCAUGUUGACCGCCAGGGAGGCACCUGGAGACUCCUGGGGUCAGUGGUCUUCAUCCAUCGACAGGAACUUAUAACCACUCUGUACAUUGGAUUCUUGGGAUUAAUUUUCUCAUCCUACUUUGUUUAUCUUGCUGAGAAGGAUGCAGUUGAUGAGGAUGGAAAGACAGGUUUCUCCAGCUAUGCUGAUGCCCUUUGGUGGGGUGUGGUAACAGUCACAACAAUUGGCUAUGGAGAUAAAGUUCCCCAGACAUGGAUUGGAAAGACAAUAGCUUCCUGCUUCUCAGUGUUUGCCAUCUCCUUCUUUGCCCUGCCAGCUGGUAUUCUGGGGUCUGGUUUUGCCCUGAAAGUACAGCAGAAGCAACGUCAGAAGCAUUUCAAUAGACAAAUCCCAGCUGCAGCUUCCCUAAUUCAGACCCUGUGGCGCUGCUAUGCAGCAGAGAAAUCCUGCACCUCCACGGCCACCUGGAAGAUCUAUGUGACAGCUCCCGUGCAGAAUCCCAAAAAGUCUCCAGCGCCACCUAGUCCCGGCCUGAGAAAACAGAUCACUUAUGAUCACAUUGAUGAGCAAGAGGACAAAAAGGACGUGUCCUUCUACAUUGGUGAACCCAAAGUGAGAAGACGCCUGGAAGGGCACACCCCAGACGUGUCCCGGGCCAGCAGCUUCACUGAUGACAUCGACCUGGUACCCGAGGAGUCCCCGCUGCCAGCGGCAUCCGAUGUGGCACAACUGACUGAAGCACACAGAACAGCUGUGAAAGUCAUCAGGAGGAUGCAGUAUUUUGUGGCCAGAAGGAAAUUUCAGCAAGCUCGGAAGCCGUACGACGUCCGUGACGUGAUUGAGCAGUACUCCCAAGGACACCUCAACAUGAUGGUUCGCAUAAAGGAACUUCAAAGGAGGUUGGAUCAAUCCUUGGGAAAGCCAGGUCUUUUCCUCCCAGUUUCUGAAAAAGGGGUAGACAAAGGAUACUACAGUAUAGGAGCCAGACUGAUCCGGCUGGAGGAUAAGGUCAUGCAGAUGGACCAGAAGCUGGAUGACAUCCUGAGCACCCUCCAGGCUCAGCUGGGGGAUCAGGCACAGAUGCCAGGGGCAGCCACCCCACCUGUCAGACACCCACAGACACCCACAGAGUCCCCCCAGUGACCCAGGAAAUGUGAAAGCCGGGGGACAGCCAACGUGACCCUCCUGCUCUUCCAUGUCUGGGUAUCUCUCACUCUUGGUGUCCUCAUCUGUGUCAUGGGUGAAAUGAAAUAUAAAUGAAAUAAAUGAAAAAUCUGCACUAGUAGAUCAAUGAGGGAAAAAAAAAAAAACCAGAAAAAAAUUUUAAAAAAAGAAGAAACAGCAAGAAGCCAGCCACGACCUUAGGAGAGCACAUAAGUUCUGCACCUGUUUUAUUUUAUUUUAGCUGAACUCUGGCAGCCAGCAGCAGCCGAGCUCCCAUCCCCCAGCCCCACUUGGGCUGAGCACACAGGCACAGGGCACACUGUCAAGGGAAGCAUCCCAGCCAGGGUUAGGAUGACCCAUUUGUGGGCACGGAAGGGGAAAAGAACUGUUCUUUUGGCAUUUAAUCACUAAGUUUAAUGCUCACAGCAUGCCCCAAAGGGGGAAAGGAGCCAGCAUUUGAACAUGAAACAAAUGGAAAUCAGUGAACAGGAAAAUUAAACAGCAUGUUUUGACUUCUACCAAGCAGUGAGGAUCAUAAGAAGGGCAGAUUUAUAUGCUGGUGCGAAUGACAAAGUAAAGACAACAGGCUACUGAUUAAAAAUAUGGAAGUGUACACAGGCUGGUUGACAUAUGAAAGGCUGAAGCAGAGACUUCAGCUAAUUAAAGCAAAGGGCUGCCAGUGAGAUGAGAUGCAUGUUGGAACAGACAGGCAGGAGAGAUAGGAUCUGCGUAGGCUUACUUCACCAGAACACUGUAAUAGUUAUCAGCUACUCUGAUGACUGUUAUGCAAAAUGUUCUCAAGCUUUUACCUUCAUUCAGCAGAGGUUGUUGACUCCAGUUGCCUUAAUUUUAACAUAAGGAACCUGUAUGUUAAUUGGCUAUGAGCUAUCUGUGAAGCUGGGUUAAAGACAUGGAGUAGCAGGGUGCUGCAGGAGGGCUGCAGCUGUGAUUGAGAGUGGCAGGGCUCCUUAAAGAAAACAGAAAUGCACACACUGUUGAUGAAAGCUAAUGGCUGUUUAAAUAAACUGCUGUGUAUAAUUUUCAAUGCUAGAUUUAUUUUUUGCCUUGUAAUCUGGCUGUAAAUCGAGUGCACGUGCUGGCUGACGUGCUGUUGUUUAGGAACACCCCUGGUGCAGGUAGCUGGGCUGGCAAGCUGCAGAUGGAAAUGCAGGCUGAGAUGCAGGUUUAAAUGCAGAGUGAAGUACAGCCUGAGCUCUGGGUGGAGCCCAGGACAAGAGGAUGAACUGCUGACUUUUGGGGUGACAAAGGGCACAAAGGCAGGUGACAGCCAGCCAGGUGAAUAGACACUGAGACACAGCAGCAGCUGGGAAUUGCCAAACCUUGGACAACAAGGGAGAUGGAAACAAGUGAUGGUAGCAAGGUGGAUAGACAUGGAGAUGGGGACUGGCCAUGGGGAGACUGUGAUGGGAUAAAAUCCCAGGAUUCCUUUGCUGGGGUCUCUCCUUGGAGGCAGCAGCUUGGGGAGUUUCGGUGUCACUGCCCCAGGAACAAGUGGUUUCAUGGAAUGAGACACGUGGGACUCUGCCACCUCUGCCAUGGCAAAGCUGGUGUGAUGUGAGGGGGGAGUGAGGGGAGCCAGGCCAAGGAAGGGCCUUCAGUCCCAGAAAGUCUCUGACCUUGGGAGUGCCACUGCCAGAGAGUCCCAGAGGGAAUGGUCUGACUGGGGACUUUCCUUUUAACACUGUCACCAUGAAAUGGAUCUUACCUGGCA